UUCUCCGCUGAGGAGUGGAGGUCCCGCAUCUCUUCUUCUGCAUCGGGCUCUAGAAUCGUAGUCGUUUCCAGCACGCUGGGAAGGAAUAGUGCAGUGAUAGCGGCGAAAGGAAACCGAGUUAGAAUCCGUGUGUAGUGCACGUGCGGACUGCGUUCGAGGAAGACCGUCGGAGCGCGCCGCGCGUUUGGCCGUGCGUCGUUGCCGCACAGUCGUGACGCGAUUCGUCGGACGUGCCGCAGCUCGCGACCAGUCAGAGUAGCUGGCUGCUGGCGAGCCGAGAGUGGUGAGAGAGAGAGAGAGACUGGCAGUGAGGGGAAGAAAGUGAGUGGCCGUCAGUUCGCACUUGGACUCUGUGACUUGCGGAUCGUAUGCGAGAGUAUCUUCUCCUCGACUGCACGUUGGCCGAAAACGAUCCCGUGCGUAGUAAAGUAGGCGACGCACGUCGGGGCCGAUAAUAUGGUGAAGUGCUUCCUGCCGGCAUCGAGUUCUCAGGGACAAGUCGUCGUCACCCUGUGAACGGCAUCUACACGGUGUACGAACCCCUUCGAGGACAGGUCGUGUCUCGUGCAGAAUGCGCGACAGUGCGCUCGUGAUCGAGCGAAUUGGACCUUGCGAUCCCUCGUACCGAGGAGACUGAGGAUCGCCUGUCAGUGGUUCUCUCAAGGUGAACCAUUCGAGUGACAUUGGCCACUUUCAUGUCAUCGCUUCGCGCAUCGCACAGGUGGAUGUUGAGGAAGUGACGGUAAAGUAAUCACCAGACGAUCGUGGUGACUGAGAGUGGAUUUUCUUGACGUCGCGCGGUAACAGAAAAGGACGGCAAACUGUACGGGCACAGGGAGGAAGACAUGCUCACGAUGGAGACGGACAUGAAGGGCGGCAGUUUGCACGGGCAGAUGCCACCGCACCCGCAGGGCGUAUCGCCGAUGGGACACCACAGCAUGUCCGCGUACGGCACCCUGAGCUCGAUCGUGCACACCCCGGCGCUGUCGGGGAGUCCGCCCGGCGCGACCGGACUCGGCAUGAGCCUGCAGCAUCACCAUCAGGCCCAGCAGUCGCACCACUACUCUCCCAUGCAUGUGGCCGCGGCCGCGGCCGCGGCUGUGCAGCAGCAGCAGAGCAUGCACGCGAUGGCGGCGCAGCAGAGCGCCCACCAGCAGCAGCAUCAUCCGCACCAGUCGCAGCAGCAGCAGCAGCCGCAGUCGCAGCAGCAGCAUCAGCCGAACAAUCACAGCAACGGCAACCCCGGCGGCAACCCCGCGAGCAACAAGAACAGCAACAUCGACCGCGUGAAGAGGCCGAUGAACGCGUUCAUGGUGUGGUCCCGCGGCCAGCGGCGCAAGAUGGCCCAGGAGAACCCGAAGAUGCACAAUUCGGAGAUCUCGAAGCGGCUCGGCGCCGAGUGGAAGCUGCUGAGCGAGCAGGAGAAGCGGCCGUUCAUCGACGAGGCCAAGCGAUUGCGAGCGGUGCACAUGAAGGAGCACCCGGACUACAAGUACCGGCCGCGGCGUAAGACAAAGACCUUGCUGAAGAAGGAGAAGUUCGCCCCGGCCAGCAUGGCCGCCGUCGGCGGGAUGCUCGGCGUCGACCAGCGGCAGGUAGGCACCGCCGGCGGGCCCCAGGCCACGUCGUUGACUCGCGACAUGUACAUGGUGCAGCAGACCAACGGCUACAUGCCGAACGGCCACGCCGCCGCCCAUCACUACUUGAUGCACGACCCGACGUCGGCGACGGUCGCGGCGGCGUAUCAGCACCAGGCGGUCACCUACAGCGGCCACAUGAGCGGCGGGCCGGCCUCCACGGCGUCUUACCCGCGAUAUCCGGACGCGAUGAGCCACCACAUGGGCGGCGGCAGCCCCGGCUCGAUCAACAGCUACAUGAACGGUUACACCAGCGGAUACGCCAGCACCACCGUGCCGGGUGGCUCGCCCUCGCCCUAUCACCAAGCCCAGUCCGGCUCCCAGAUGUCCAGUCACAGUCCGAGCGGCAGCAGCAUAAAGUCCGAGCCCACGAGCCCGGCGAGCGGCGGCAUACACACGCCGACGCCGACGGGGCCGACGUCGGCGGGCCCGGCCGCUGGCCAAGCGGUCAAACGGGAGUACAUGGGCCAGCAGCAGCAGCAACAGUCCAACCAGCAGACCGGUGAUCUCAGGCAGAUGAUCUCGAUGUACCUGCCCCAUGGCCCUGAUCCGACGGUCGCGCACCACAGCACGGCCGUCUACUCGCCCGGCCCGUCGCCGGAGGCGCUGACGCAACACCAAGUCCCUGUGCCGCACCUUCAGCACAUGAUGGCUACUACUUAAGAGAGCAAAAGACACACAGACAAUGACAGAGGGAGGGAGAAAGCCAAACCCGGAUAAUCAUCUGCGCGGAAAAAGUAACGAAAAUAUAUGAAAGCGAAAACAAAUAAAAGUGUAACCGCACACAACGCGAGAGAGGAACAAAUACAAUCCAACACGCAGACGAGAGCGAGAUAUAGAGAAAAGAUGAAGAAAAGCGAGAUGGAAUGAGUGAGGAGAGUCCAACCAGAUCAGGAAGGUGUCUCGCAGCUUUAGGACAAUUUUCGCAGGGCUACGAGGGAAGCAGAAACACGAGUCGACUUAUCGCACUUAUCGCACUCUUCGCACUAGAAAACAAAAAUUUUCUUAAUAUUACAGAUGUAAUUAAUUAAUUACGACCAAAAAAUUAUUUUAUUCCGAAACCUCAACAUGUCGCACGAUCGAAAUCGUUCCAUCGAACGACUGAAAUUUAUAAUAAUAAAGUAUUUUGUAUUUCUUUUCCGGUAGUCUCCUAUUUGUUAAAACUGAAAUGGAGGAAAUGUGAAAAGAAGUUAAGAAUUGUCACUAUUGAAAAUAAUUGGUAUUUGACGUGUUCUUCUAAAGCCACGACGAGUAUGUAUUUUAUUUAUUCUUUAUAAGAAUAAUAAUAAUAAUAUCAAGAAAUAACAGCAACAACAAUAGCGACGAUUAGAAUAAUCGAGAAUGAAGUUUAUGACUACAUUGGCAAAAGUCGUAAAUGAACAUUGCGCGGUUUUAAACGUCAAAAAUAGCACGAGAAAGAAGGAUAUCGAAGAUCGACGAACGUCGAGAUCGACGAUCGCUUUCGAUUCGUUCUCUCAAUGAAGCUUAUUCUGAGGAAUUUGUCGUACUAUCAAAUAAGAAUUUUACAAUGGUGCUAAUUCACAUAUAUACGUUGUAAGUAUUCGUAAUUGAUUUUAUUAUGGUAUGCAAUAAGUAUAAUUAAGGUGCGUACGAUUACACAAUCCGCUAAUGUAUAUAAUGAUACAUCGGGCACAAGUAAUCGUAA